GGGAGCUGCGGUGCACGCUGCUCGGGAGCGGGCCGCCCUGCCCUGGGGCUGCGGAUCGUACUGCCCCCGGGGAAUGGGAACCGCGGUGCGGGCUGUGCUGCGGCCUAGCGCGGGUGGAGCGAGAGGAGCUGAGUGGGAAGCGCGUCCCAGCCGCAGUGGGGCCCUGGCAGUGGGGGAGACAGCGGGAGCGAUGCACGGAGUGCGGCGCGGGCACAGCCUGGGGCUGUCCAGCAUCGGCCCCGUGUCCCCGGGCAGCUGCCGUGCUCCAGGGCCCCUGUUCCUCAGGCUGAGCUGCCCCGUGAAGGGGCAGACCCCGCUGUCCCAACACAGACGUGGUGGCACGUCGCCUGGCUCUGUGCUCAGGGCACGUCCCUGCUCAGGGCUCCAUGGGGCGCUGGGCAUAGGGCAGGGCCAUGGCUCCGUGCUGUGGGGCAGACCCUGCUCCGGAGCACAGCCGCAGCCCCCAGGCCCUGCCCUCCACGCUGCCUCUCACAUCUGGAGCCGCUUUUUGGCACAGACGCCCACAUUCCCUGAGGCCGGGCCGGUGACGGUGGUGGCUGUGGGCCUGGUGCUGGCAGGCGUGGGGUGCACACAUGGUUAACGCCAUCCGCCUGCGCUGCGCUGGGCCCACAUCUGGCAGGGGGAGGGCUGCGCCGUGCUCGUCCCGCUGCUUCGGUCUCCUCCUUUGCUUUCCAGAAGUGCAUUUCCGCCCGGCCAUAGGAGGAGAGGAGGCUGUCAGAGGGGCAGGCUCUGCCCCACACUGAGGGGGCUGGCAGCGCGGCACCAGGGCAAUGCGCUAGAGCAGCAAAGGCAGCACGGGGAGAGAGCGGCCCUGCCCCAGAGGGUGCUGCUGCAGCAUGGAGGGGCUUUGGGCACUCAGAGUCCUGCUGCUCUCCUGCCUGCUGCUGCCCAGCCCUGUGAGCAGCCAGACCAGCCCCAGCCCUGACCGGCGUCCAGUGGACCCCGAGGAGGUCCCAUCCAAGCACCAGGCAGCAAGGGCCACGCAGGAGCAGAAGGACAGAAGUGCCCAGGAGGGGCUGCCCCCACAGCCCCGCUGCAUCCGCUGCUGUGAGCCACCCCAGCACCGCUUCUCCUACCCCCAGUACCAGCCCCAGAUCAACAUGACCAUCUUGAAAGGUGAGAAAGGGGAACGCGGUGAGCGAGGCAUGCAGGGGAAGUUUGGCAAGACAGGGGUGGCUGGCAGCAGGGGCCACACGGGGCCCAAGGGACAGAAGGGCAGCGCCGGUGCCCCGGGGGAGCGCUGCAAGAGCCACUACGCCGCCUUCUCGGUGGGCCGCAAGAAACCCCUGCACAGCAAUGACUACUACCAAACCCUCAUCUUCGACACGGAGUUCGUCAACCUCUACGACCACUUCAACAUGUUCACGGGGAAGUUCUACUGCUACGUCCCCGGGAUCUACUACUUCAGCCUGAACGUGCACACCUGGAACCAGAAGGAGACCUACCUGCACAUCAUGCGCAACGGGGCCGAGGUGGUGAUCCUCUACGCGCAGGUGAGCGACCGCAGCAUCAUGCAGAGCCAGAGCGUCAUGCUGGAGCUGCGCGAGCAGGACGAGGUCUGGGUGCGGCUCUACAAGGGUGAGCGCGAGAACGCUGUCUUCAGCGAUGAGUAUGACACUUACAUCACCUUCAGUGGCCACCUCAUCAAGUACAGCGGGGACCCCUGAGCACCUGCACCCUGAUCCUGCUCCCUGGGGUGGGGGCCUGGGGAACCCCUGUUUGCCUCCUCCUUGGGCAUGCCACUCUCCUUCAAGCUCUCCUUUUACAUACCACUACCCCCAGCUGUGUGAAUACCUCCCCCCCAGCUCCUGGAUGUUGACUGGGUGCACCUGGAGGAGAUGGAGCCAUUUCUAACCUCUGCUGCAUCCCUGACCCAGGGGGUGGCUGCUCACCUGGAGCAGGCAGGGACCUCGUCCCCAGCUGUGCCCGGCUCAGGGCUGGGUGUGCUGAGUGUCUGUGGCACUGGCUAUGAGCAGGCACCUGCUGGAGGGAUGUGAGCACCUCCGCUGCCCAGCCCCCACCAACGCACUCGAUGGGCAGCAAUAAAGCCACUGAACGUCACUUCUGCAGAGCUGUGUCCCCUGGGCUGGCGCUUCCCCAGGGCAGAGCCACCAGCGGGCAGGUGCAGCAGCCCUCCCCUGCCCGUUCCUCUGCCAUGCCCCAUGUCACAGCCACUUCUUGAUGCCAGCACCCACCAGGACGAGCUGGCUCCCGGCUGCCUGGUGUGCAGGGCCUUCAGCCUCAGCCCCGUCCUUCUCAGUUCGGGAUCUGCUGGGCAGGCUUCUUGUUUUUGUAGAUGCACUGGCAGAGCAGGGCCUGGGGCAGCACGCUGCCUCCCGCUCCGUACACUUUGUGAUCGCAUUAAACACUCCACGGGCUCGGCUCCUACUCG